AGGACUAAAAAAUAUUUACAUUCCUACACAUAGAUGAACUAACUUAAAGGUCCAUGCGAUAAACAAACGAUAAAUAGUAGUUUACCAAACCGUCCACCAAACUCAAGCACUGCAUUCUAGUGCAUGGACUCAUACUUGGUGGUGCUGAGUAUCGAUAGGAUUAAAUUGUCUAUUUUCCAAAUAGAUUUCGCAUCUCAGCAAGAUAUGCCUGUACCGGCGGCCGUCGAACUGAGUGCACGUCUGCCUGUGAAAGUAUCAAAUAAACUUUCAGUUCCACAAGAACACGAUUUCUAUUCCAAAAAGAAUUUGUAGAGUAACCCCACAUUAGGCCAAACAGAAGGAAAUUGUGGGGAAAGC